GUGCCGCAACUCGCAUCUGUGCCUGUUGAACCCCUCUAAACUUUUUUCAUACAACUUUGGGCGAAUCACAAUCUCCGGGGGAUUCGAAAAUGGCGAGCUCGUUGUUGCGGCUGCGCGGUUUGAAUCUGGUUCGCACUAAUCGAGUAGCUCUUACGUCUUCAACCAGAUGGUUCUCUUCGGACGACGCCUUGGUCGAGAUCAAGCCUGGUGAGAUCGGUAAGGUCUCCGGCAUCCCCGAACCAGAGCUUCGAAGAAGGGUAAUAAUUUACUCACCUGCUCGAACUGCAACACAGCAAGGCUCUGGAAAAGUCGGGAGAUGGAAAAUCAAUUUUUUGUCAACACAGAAGUGGGAAAAUCCAUUGAUGGGUUGGACAUCCACAGGGGAUCCAUAUGCCAAUGUUGGUGAGGCUGCACUCAGCUUUGAUAGUCAAGAAGCUGCAAUAGAAUUUGCAAAGAAACACGGUUGGGAAUAUUCGGUCAAGAAGCGCCAUACUCCUCUCUUGAAGGUUAAGGCUUAUGCUGACAACUUCAAGUGGAAGGGCCCGGCAAGCAGUCAAGGAUGAACGAGUCUGUAUCCCUCGAAGAUGAUCUUCGAGAGAGUGUGUUUAGCUUGUUAGAAAAUGUACUUUUGACGCCAACUUGUUGCUCAUGCAAUAAAUUUCUUGUUUCUAUUGAAAAUUAUAUUCUCCGAAGUCUUUGUUGUUUGACAUUCUGAAUAUGUUAAACAUGUACUAGUGAAAGGCCUGUGUUGCAGGUUUGACCUAUAAAUAAAAAUUAUCAAAAUACCCUCCCUCCCUCGAGGAUAA